AGAAGACACCUGUCCUAGGAUUACAUCUUGACGUGGACAUGGAUUUGAAUUCUGUUGAUGAUCCCCGAGAGAUCCCGUUGUUUAAAUUAGGAAGAUAUUACCAACCAGGCUACAGUCAACUAAGUCUGGGUUCUCUUGCUGCUAAACUGAAACUGGUACCCUGACAGAUCGAGCUCCGGUAAUUACACGGUUAAAACGAUGUUCAAAAUUCGAUACAACGUUGUUUACUGUAUAUCCAUAACAGUAGCCGUUUAAUAGUUGAAGCAACCUUGCUUGAUUUAUUAAGAAUCAAAUAUCUAUUUUUUCAUAUUUUUGUUUGGGAUUGUGAGCACUUGUCUAGUUAUACUUCGGUAAAACGGCGUUGUAUAAAAACAGCGUUUUUACUGUGUACAACAUCGUCAUCGAAAAGUCGUAUUUAUAGUUGUGCUUCUACUAUAGAGAGACCAUGUCAGGUAGUCUUUUGAGUUUCGUCCUGAUAGUUUUUGUCGUUUCUACCUCGGCUGUUUCACCUCCAGGGGUGGGUGAGGGCAGUUUGCGUUUGGCCGAUGGACCUACUGAACUGGAGGGUCGCGUAGAGAUCUUCUACAACGGCGUCUGGACUCCGGUAUGUGACACUGCCUUCGGUAAUGAAGAGGCCGAGGUGGUUUGCCGCCAGUUAGGAUUCGACGCUGCCAUCGCCCACCAGUGCUGCUCACGGUAUGGAUUUGGCACAGUCCCCGGCGUCUUCCGCAGUCUGGACUGUACUGGCGGGGAGAACUACCUCCUUUCCUGUCAACAUUCCGAUCCUGGACAAAGCGGCUGCGGUAGCUGGGGCCACGCAGGUGUUCUUUGUCGAAGAGAACUCACACCAUGCCCUCUUCCUAGUGGUCCAAGUAUUGACUGGGAUGCAGUGUAUCAGUGUGAACAUCCAUACUUUCAAGAGUACAUUAAUGGGCAACAUCUUUAUCCUCAAGUUCCCCGGGGAGCUCAUGCCUUUUCUGACAGCAGCAAACACGCUCGACGCUAUCGCUGCCAUUUGGGAAUCCUCUGGCCUUGUCGAAGGAAUGGGCGACUUUUGCCUCUUGGUGGCGCCACGUUUAACAGCAGCUAUAGGCCCUGAUUUAUUCCGAGGUAUAUGCGACCCCGUGCUGGCAGCUUUGGAGAGUGGAACUUCCUUCGAUGGCGAACAGAUGUGCGCACUUAUCUACUCAAUCAUAUCACAAGAACCCUUCAACCCGUAUCCUUCAACGACUGAGACCCCUCCGACAACAAGUACUCAAAGCCGUUCGACACCAGGGUACCUCCCCACUGGUUUCCCAUCUUUCCUCGAACCCAUAACUCCAUUUAUUUGUGUUUAUCCCUUACCGUCUUUUGGACCUAGCUACGCAUUGUUGGAUGGCCCACCUUUGGGCAUUGAAGGUCUUCGAAACUUUGACCCCGUAUCUAUAUUGACUCAAGCUGUCGAAAAUGUACUGGACAUCACCACGCUCGAUCAGGACAGUGUAUGCUCGGCAGUGGGUCGCUUGACGAGUGAAGACAUCCCACCACGCGACCUUGCCACAGAGUUUAUGGUGCAAAUCCUGGCAGGCUUCAUCCCAAUCGCCUCAGAGAUCUGCGACAACUGGGACGACUUCGUUCAAACCAUUCGCGACGAUCUCGUUGAUACUCCUGGGGUAGAUGUUGAAAUUCUGACAAACGUUCUACCUGAUCUCAUUGCUUUAAUGGUAGACUUUCCAAACAGGGAAUCGCUUUGUGACUACAUACAGACCAUUUCAAGGGAUGAAGCCGUGAUCGACGGUGCAGGACAACUGGUUGCAAGUUUCCUUACUGUCCUCACAGAUAACCAGAAAUGCAUAGAUGUUGUUCAGAGUACUCUUGGAGUGGUUACUGGCGUCGUAGGAGGUAUUUCCAUGGAAGAAAUCGAGAAUGUCUAUAUUCCCCUGUACUCUGGGUUUCGCGAUGUCCAUGACAUGUGCCUUUAUGUGGCUACUUCCUUCAGUCAAAGAUCAACUCCACUUCCGGUUCGACUGGUUGACGGUGACACUCCUAACGAUGGACGAGUAGAAGUACAAUACAACGGUGCAUGGGGAACCGUCUGCGGCAAUGGAUUCGACGGUGAGGACGCCACAGUUGUGUGCAGGCAGCUUGGAUACAGAGGGGAAUCGUCCGUUAUUCCUAGGGGUCAGAACCUUGGCACGGGGGAUAUCUUACUGAGCAACGUGGAGUGUAUGGGAGUCGAGCUUAGCAUCGUCCAAUGUCCCCAUGAAGGGGCCCCUCUCAACCCUGUCUAUGAUUGCAAUCACAAUCAAGACGUCAGUGUUAGUUGCAGUCUUGAAGUCGUGCCACCAUCUAUACCACCAACCAUACCACCUACACCCCCUACGACAGAAAGUCACUUCGAGAUGCGACUAGUUGGUGGCAACACGGAAAACGAGGGACGUCUGGAGGUAUUCUACCAAGGCCAGUGGGGUACAGUUUGCGAUGAUUACUGGGAUUCGGAAGCGACAGAUGUUGCCUGCCGAGCUCUUGGCUUCCAGGGCGGUGAAAGAUACGAUUGUUGCGCGGAAUACGGUCGCGGCAACGGUCCGAUCAUCCUUGAUGACGUGCAAUGUUCUGGAACUGAAGAUAGCAUCUUAGCGUGUGAUCAUAAUCCUCUAUUCGAACAGAACUGCGGCCACUCAGAAGACAUCGGAAUCACAUGUACACCCCGAUGUGAAGGUGACUUGGAGUUCCAGACAUGCGGUUCAUCAUGCCCGCUUAUAUGUAACGACCAGGAACCGCAGAUCUGUCCACUUAUCUGUGUGCAGGAAUGUCAAUGUCCAGGAGGGCUGUUCAGGGUCUCAGAAGACGACUCUCGUUGCGUCCCACAGGACGAAUGCCCACUGCCUGUUCGUCUUGUUGGCGGAGGCACCAGCGAUGAAGGGAGGGUCGAGGUUCUACACGAUGGCGAGUGGGGCACUAUCUGUGAUGAUAAGUGGGACAUCGACGAUGCUAGUGUUGUCUGCCGAAUGCUUGGGUUCCCACGCGCUGCUCGUGCCCCGAUCAGGGCUUAUUUUGGACAAGGUACUGGCCCCAUCACGCUCGACAACGUUGACUGUUCAGGACGGGAGUCGUCCAUCUUCGACUGUAGAAACAGCGGCUUUGGUGUUCACAACUGUGGCCAUCACGAGGACGCGUCGGUGAUUUGUAUGCGCCAAGCCCCUCUUGAACUGCGCCUAGCAGGUGGAAACGGCCACUCUACCGGAAGGGUAGAGAUACGCUACAAAGGAGUCUGGGGAACGAUCUGUGAUGACCUCUGGGAUUUGAACGAUGCUGCUGUAGUCUGUAGAAUGCUGGGUUUCCCGAGAGCUCUCCGCGCUCCAGGAAUGGCUUAUUUCGGAGAAGGGACCGGUCAGAUCUUACUCGAUAACGUCAACUGCGCUGGAGACGAGGAGUCACUCGCUCAAUGCAGUCACCCAGGAUAUUCUAAUCAUAACUGCGUUCACCAUGAAGACGCUGGUGUUGUUUGUUCUCCAUGACUUCGGAGAUAACCAUGAUUUUCUUCCCCAUCAUGAUUGUGUCGAAUCAUCUCUUCCAUUAAACAUAACACUCUGCAUUGCUUUCAGCAAAUUGGAAAGAGUCCGCGUCUUUAUUGACUACAUAGUUAAUUUAUCCUUAUAAUCAGCCGGGGUAGUUUGGUUUAUGGUAAAAUACUUGUUCUUGUUUGUUAAAAGAUGUCUUGGGUUUGCCACUUUUUAAAUAAAACGUUGUGGAUGUGAGUAAUAUGGAUUGUACAAUAUUCUUGGUCUGAUAUAAUAUACUUGGUUUAGUCUUCUUUAAAGAACUAUACAUACUUUGAUCCAUAAUUAAAAGGCAAUAUCGUGUCAAAAUUAUUACAGCUUGAAUUUUUUUUAUUUGCAGUUAUCAUCAAGGACUGUUAAGAAGAUCUUUGCUAAUUAUAAUGAAAAAGUGCACUUGCAGGUCCAAUUCCUUUUACAUUUUUAGAAUAUGUGAUAAGUACUCUGUAUAGAGUCUUAGGUGCAAAUAAGUUUUCACUCUGAUUCUAAAUAGGGCCUAUUGAUAAACGUUUCAUAUCCUUAAAAGCAUAUUCAUAAGCUUUCCUUACUCCUAUCUUCAUGUUUAUUCAAACUUUGAUGUUGUACUCUAACAUCUAACGGUAAAAGGGCAAUGGGAUUCGUGUGCUUCGUAUUCGGUAUCUUACCGUUUUAAUGUAAAUCAUGUGCAAGUAGUAAUUUGUAGUGUGACAGAUUUGAGCAAUAUUCUGGUAUGCUUAUCAGAAAUAAGUCUUCAAAACGUUUAUUAAAAAACUUUAUGGGAAAAGAUAAACGAUUGAAGCUGUGUUAAUUAUUACAUGUUCUGUCUUUAACAAAUUAUGUUCUUAUAAAUCAUGCAACCUUAUACAGUAAUGGAGGAUUGUGUAGGCGGACAGCGCACUGUAUCGCCACUCCCCACAUGCCAUAUGGUUAUCCCCCCCCCCCGAAAAAAGAAAUAAUAAAUAAAUAAAAUAAAGAUUGUAAAUAUUUUCAUUUGUGUAAAGAAUGUAAUACGAAUUCGUUGUUAUUAUUUGGUUGGAAUAUUGUCAAUUUAUGCAAUGAAAAACGUUCUCCAUAUUAAAAAAAAAAAUUUCAAGGAGUAAAAAAAAAUAUGGGAAAAGAUAAACGAUUGAAGCUGUGUUAAUCAUUACACUGUUCUUCCGUUUUUUUAAAACAAAUUAGGUUCUUAUAAAUCGUGUCACAAUUCAUGGUGUUGGGGGAUUCUGUAGGAGGUCAAUGCACUGUAUCGACACUCACUCAUGUCCUUUAAGAGAGAAAAUAGGUUUAUCCGUACACUGUUAGAAAAUUUAUCCUUAAACUAAAAGAAGUUCCUGCAGCAGAGUCUCGAGAACA